UCCGUAUAAGUGCUUCUCGUUUCAUUCUUUCUUCCUUGCAUCUGCCGCUGCAAAUCUUCGCUCAGGUUCCAUUCCAAUGGCUUCAGAGAAGAAGCUGGCAAACCCUAUGAGGGAAAUAAAGGUCCAGAAGCUCGUUCUCAAUAUCUCAGUGGGCGAGAGUGGAGAUCGUCUCACCAGAGCGGCUAAGGUGUUGGAGCAGCUUAGUGGUCAGACCCCAGUUUUCUCCAAAGCAAGGUAUACUGUUCGUUCCUUUGGUAUCAGAAGGAAUGAAAAGAUUGCAUGCUAUGUGACUGUUAGAGGUGACAAGGCAAUGCAGCUUUUGGAGAGUGGUCUGAAGGUGAAGGAAUAUGAACUGCUGAGAAGAAACUUCAGUGAUACUGGAUGUUUUGGCUUUGGCAUUCAGGAGCAUAUUGAUUUGGGGAUCAAAUACGAUCCAUCUACUGGUAUCUAUGGAAUGGACUUCUAUGUUGUUCUGGAGCGCCCUGGAUACCGUGUGGGACGUCGCCGCAGGUGCAAGUCGCGUGUUGGGAUCCAGCACCGAGUCACAAAGGAGGAUGCAAUGAAGUGGUUCCAGGUGAAAUACGAAGGAGUGAUCCUGAACAAGUCCCAAGCAUUUGUUGGUUAGAUUGCAAUGUUGAUAGUUGCAAGUUUCAAUUUUGUUAUUUUAGUUUGAGGUCCCUUAGACUGGCAUCUUGCCUUGUGGUUUGGUCUGAAGGCAAAGAUUGCAAAGCCGAAGAAAAGGGAAAGAAAAGAAUGGCAAGAGACUCGUUUGGUAUCAUUGAAAAGCAUUUUCUAUCUUAUUCUCCAAAAUACAUUCCCAUUGAAAAAAUCUUUUCAUUUUCAA